GGCCCUGCCCGCCACGCACGCCGUUGCCGUCUGCGGCGUCGACGUCCCUCACGCCAAGGUGAGCCCUGCGAGCCGCGCGCUCGACAGCUCCGACUGGCCCGAAGCCUUUCCGUACACGGCAAAGGAUCUCACGCCGAUGAUGGCCGGCAACGACGGCUUCUUCUACUUCUUGCCCAAGUUUGUUCAACACGCCGGCGAGGAGUGCCGCGACUCGCUCACACGCUUCUACGAGGCGGUGCUUCCGGCGAGCGGCGAGGGCGACGUGCUCGACCUGUGCUCGUCUUGGACGUCGCACUACCCAUCGGGUUGGAGGCCCUCGCCGCCUCGCCGCUGCGUCGCUCUCGGCCUCAACCCACUCGAGCUUCUCGCCAACCCGAGCAAGACGGAGUGGCGCGUGCAGGACCUCAACAAGGACCCGCAGCUACCGUACGCAGACGCCGCCUUCGACCUGGUCACAAACUCGCUGUCGGUCGACUACAUGACGCGGCCGCUCGAGCUCUUUGAGGAGACGCACCGUGUCCUGCGGCCGGGCGGGCUCGCUUGCAUGGCCUUCACCAACCGCUGCUUCCCGACCAAGGUUGUGCCGAUCUGGACGGCGCCCUUCACCGAGGCGAGCCACGCGAAGAUCGUCGGCGCAUACUUUCGCUACUCGGCCGAUUGGGCGGAGGUGGGCGUCGCCGACGUGAGCCCCGACGGCUGGGUGGGGCAGCGGGACCCGAUGGUGGUGGUGGUGGCGAGGAAGCGGGGUUGACACGCGUCAUGUACUGCUACGGUACCUUGUAAUGUU